GCGGCGGCGGCGGCGGCGGCGGCAUCGGUGCGCGCGGGCAGGGGCAGCGCGGCGCCGAGCCACGGAGUCGAAGUCUCGGGCGGGCGCGGCGGCGCGGGGCGCAGGGGCGGCGCGGCCGGGCCGCGGGCCGGGCGGGUGGGCGGAGAGCGCCGAAGGGCGAGGCCCGGCUGCAGGGGCUACUCGGCCCAGGAGGAGCCCGCGUCCCGCUCAGCCUUGCAGCCCCGCGCCCUUGAGCAUCUUCCCGGAGGAAACGGAGACAAAGGAGGAUUCAUGUCCAAAGGGCUCCCAGAGACCAGGACGGACGCAGCCAUGUCAGAGCUGGUGCCUGAGCCCAGGCCUAAGCCGGCAGUGCCCAUGAAGCCCGUCGGCAUCAACCCCAACCUGCUGGGCUACAUCGGCAUCGACACCAUCAUCGAGCAGAUGCGCAAGAAGACCAUGAAGACCGGCUUUGACUUCAACAUCAUGGUGGUCGGUCAGAGUGGACUGGGCAAGUCAACCCUGGUCAACACCCUCUUCAAAUCCCAAGUGAGCCGCAAGGCCUCCAGCUGGAACCGGGAGGAGAAGAUUCCCAAGACGGUGGAGAUCAAAGCUAUUGGGCAUGUGAUCGAGGAAGGUGGUGUCAAGAUGAAGCUGACUGUCAUCGACACCCCAGGCUUUGGAGACCAGAUCAACAAUGAAAACUGCUGGGAGCCCAUUGAGAAGUACAUCAAUGAGCAGUACGAGAAGUUCCUGAAGGAGGAGGUGAACAUCGCCAGGAAGAAACGCAUCCCUGACACUCGCGUCCACUGCUGCCUCUACUUCAUCUCCCCGACCGGACACUCCUUGCGACCUCUCGACCUGGAGUUCAUGAAACACCUCAGCAAAGUUGUGAACAUCAUCCCCGUCAUUGCUAAGGCUGACACCAUGACCCUGGAGGAGAAGUCUGAAUUCAAGCAAAGGGUUCGAAAGGAGCUUGAAGUGAAUGGCAUUGAAUUCUACCCCCAGAAGGAAUUUGAUGAGGAUUUGGAGGACAAGACAGAGAAUGACAAAAUCCGGCAGGAGAGCAUGCCUUUCGCUGUGGUGGGAAGUGACAAGGAGUACCAAGUGAAUGGCAAGCGGGUCCUUGGCAGAAAAACUCCCUGGGGCAUCAUUGAAGUGGAAAACCUCAACCACUGUGAGUUUGCCCUGCUUCGAGACUUUGUCAUCAGGACCCACCUCCAGGACCUCAAGGAAGUAACACACAACAUCCACUACGAGACCUACAGGGCCAAGCGUCUUAAUGACAAUGGAGGCCUCCCUCCGAACAAGGCGUGUGCCUCACUCAAGAGGUCUGGGGGAGGCUUCAUUUAAAAAUGAUGGGAGCAGGUGAGCCUCAGGUAACGCUUUCUUAUCUCUGAACCCACCUGUGAGCAGGGACCACAGAGAUUCUCCAAAGAUGGUCUGUGGAGCUUGACCUGGGAUUGGGGCCGGGGCGGGGGGGCGGGGGGGCGGCGGCAGAGUUGAGGACUUAACCCUCUCUGUAAGCCCGGUGAUCUGUGGUGAGGCUAGGACUUUUUGGGAAAAGAAAGAUCAGUGGAGAGCAGAAAAGUUGGCCAGUGCUGGGCUCCUGAAGAAUUAGUGCCUACACAUGGAGGAGAGAGCUCUACCCUUCGGUCUGUGUGGCAUUCACUGUCCAGAAGCUACCACCUGUCUCUGUCGCAGACUGCUGCUUUCCACAUAUCCCACCCCCCGCCCCCCGCCUCACUCUCCUCUGCUCCCACCUUCUCUCUUUCUCCCCUUUCCCUCCUUCCUUUGUCCUGCCCCCUCUGACUUCUUUCAUUUCCUUUUAGCCUAAUCCACUUGAGCUGCACUCCUAUAUUUAGGAUUUAUGUCCAGUUUACUUCCAAAAGUGACUUUAGGCCACUUAACAUCCCCAGUAAAAUCACAGGACAGUAAAAAAGGAGACUACAAGGGAAAUCAGAUCUGUAGAAAAACAUGGGAGACAAAGUUUCUGCAGUUGAGUGAUGAAAAAGGGCCCUGAACUUGUGGGCAGCCCAGUGAAGGAGCCAACACAGUGAGCUAUGUGGUUCCCACUGUCUGGUUAAAGAAAUACAUGUGCUGGUCAAGUGAGACAACCUUUUUUUCUAGGUGUUAGGUCCUAGCAGAACUGAGUCUAAAGAAGUAUCAAGAACAAUAUAGUGUUUGUCUUUCUUGGUCGUUUGGCUUCAGAGACAGUUUUGAACCUCAUUUCCCUUCUAUCCAUUAGGAGUCUUCCUCCUUAAAGCUGGCUUCUGUUUCUCCUCCUUCUUGUAUAUACUUGACCUCCCUUUCCUUCUCUUCUAUUCUCUUUCUCAUGUUGAAGCUACUUGCAUUUUUGUGUCUUUCUCAGCUUUCUGCACUUCUUCUUCUUCACCCCUUUAGACAUGCCCAAUGACACUCACAAGCCUACAUGUAGCCUUUUCUUGCCUUCCCCUUCAGCCCUAUAUUUAUUAAUGCAUAUAUUUUCCAUGUUGUUUGACACACAAGUUACUCUUUCUCCUUUAGUCUGUAAGGUGGCUAAAAUUUCAAGCUGGAGAAACAAUUUAGCCUCAGGCAAGGGGAAAAAUUGACACAGUUUACAGUAACCUCUUACAACCUCCUGUUUCAUCUCCUGGUCCAACCCGAGGUGUUUUACUGGUCCUCUACAAAUCCCAGUAUUUAUAGGCCCUUAUCACUCAGGUGCUAGGAAAACAUAUAGACUUAAGACCAAGAUUCAGCAGACCAGGAGAAAGAGGUGGGUGAUCAGAUUGCUAGUGGCCCCAAACUCACAGUCUCCGAUCUUUCCUGGAAGCUCAUUACCAGUCCAACCCCCAUCUUCCCUCACCCACACAGUUAUUCCAGGUUAGGCACCAGUCAGAGCAGAACAGUGCAGAGUUAGAGUCCAGAGGUUGCUAAGUUUCAACAGAAGAGGGACCCCUGGCUUAUAUGAAGACGUGGGACUAGACACCUUGACCUCACAGGGAAGGUCUGGGGUGGGAGUUGGGGGGCACUGGUGAGGCUGAGGAAGAGAAUAGGAGAAUAAUGCUUGGUGCUCCUAAACCAUGAUCUCAGCCUCCCUGGAGAAGCUGUUCUGUAUGUCUGCUGUCAGCUGCCGGUCUCCACACCCUCAACCGUUCUCAACCCCCCCUGCAGGGAGAAGGCCUCCUGGGCACUGUCCUUCCACCCGUGCCAGCCACCCCCUGCCCCACUGCCGAAUGAAGGCCAUUUCAAGCGCCGCUCCUCCCUCCAUUCCUCUCAGCUCUUCUUGCUGCAGGGCCAUGCGCUCUUUAGUGCUGUGCGUGUCGGGCCCACCACCACAGCCCCUCUCAGCCCUCAGCAGAUGGGAGGGGCCAGCUGCCUCUUUAGGACAGUUGCUGCUUCCAUUUAUCCACACCACCCCUCUCCUCCCAGUUGGAAUGGAGUUCCCGCCAGCAUUGCCCUCCUCCAUCGUCUGUGUCAGCCGGUCCUAGCCCAUCCGUAGGGUGAAAGAACUCACCAAGAGCUUCUUCUGCCCUUGGAAACCCAUAUCAGCUACUUGUAACCAUCUCCAAGGGAUAUGGCGUUGCUCCCUGUCCAUUCAUCUGCAUGAGCUGCUCUUGACUUCCUUAAAGGGUCAAGAAAGCAACUUUUCUGCUUGUCGGAUUUGUUGACGUCAGCUGUGUGAGCCCCAACGUGGGACAAGGGUGUCUUCUUCAUUGCUUAAAGCUUAUUUGUAAGGAUGGGUCACUCCAGAUGUGGGGGAGCAAGGGCUAGGAUCACUUUUUUUAAAAAAAUCACCGCUGGUGACUGGCCCAGAGUGCAGCCACACACCCUCCCUACCCCACAUAGCAGCCAUUUAGGAAUGGUGGUUUUCCUGAAGAGACAUUCCUGGAGUUGACUUCCUUAUCCUUAGAUUUUAAAUAAGAACUAAACACACAUACCGAAUUCCAGAAGCUCACGAAAUGUGAACUCUAGGAAGAAAAAAAGCACCCUUCUGUCCACUUAGCAAUAAGAGGGAAUCUUUUCCCACCUACCCUGGCUACUCCUACACACCACCCCUCCCCUACUCCAUUAAUGUGAGUAAUGAAUUAGCCUGGCCACAGUCGGUUACUGUAGGCUAGUGGAAAAUCCCCAGUGGAGGGCAAAGCCCUCCUAUCAGAUGCAUGAAUGUUUGCGAAUGUCGGCUGCCACUGCCCACCCCUGCACUGUGUCUUUAUGGACUACCCCUUGCCCACUGCCCAACCACUUCCACCUGGACACAACUUGCUCAAAGGCUGGUGACUUGUGGGCCAUUCAUCUACAACCAAGUCCUGAUGGAGCAAGAGGCCCAAGCCUAGGGGAUGCAAGAACGACCCAUUUCUUAAAUGUUACCAGUCCCAGCCAACCUUUUGGUGACAUUACAGUUAAUUUACCCAAUUGAAAGUAAGCCAGCAGACACUCAAACUGGUUGUGUAAAUGUUGCUAGACUUUAUGUGUUGUACAACUAAACAUUGCUCUUUAAACAAUAA